AUGGAAGACGACCUCAUCGUUGUUGAUGACAUCGACGAACAAGUCCCGGGUCCCUCGACUCCCAACGACCCCAACCAUGCGCACCAUGCGGAUCCGGCAGACCAGGCAGAAGAAGCGGACCAGGACUACAAGCCACCUCGAAGUGUAGCUGCCCGCGCAACCCGGACCUCUUCCCGUAUCCACACUCCUGUGUAUGUAACCAGCAUGGAACAUAAUGAAGCGCGAACAACACGCUCAGCAACUCUGAGGAAUAGGCCACAACCCAAGCUGAAACUCAAGUUGAGCGAGAAGGCUGCUGCUCAGGCUCCUGGAAUGUCUUUCUUGGGCCCAUAUGAUCGAGAACUGGAUUCAGAUGAUGAGGAUCUAGUCUUUGAAGAGCAAUUUAUACUCAGGAUGCAACCAGGAGAAGACUGUGAGAGGUUGAGGAAAAUGGUUGCGGCGAGAGAGGUGAGCGAUGAUGUAUGGUUCAAGUUCAAAGAUUCCCGAAGAGCCGUAUUCCACAUUGGCAACAACACGUACUCUUCCAAGCUAGUCGACCUUCCCUGUAUAAUAGAAUCGCAGAAAACACUUGACAGCAAGCAGAUGUUCAAAGUCGCGGACAUAUGUCAGAUGCUUGUUCUCGGGGAUCGUGUAAACGACGAAGAAGCUCUGACAAAUCAGAAGAACUUCAAUGUGGACGAGUUCAUUUGGCCUCAUGGUAUAACACCUCCACUGCAUUAUGUCCGAAAACGUAGAUUCAGGAAGAGAAUCAACAGACGCACUAUUGAGACGGUCGAGCAGGAAGUAGAGAGAUUACUGGAAGAAGAUGCAUUAGCUUCUCAAGUGCAAUAUGAUGUUCUAGAGAACGUCAAUCCGGAUCUGUCAGACUCAGAGUACAUCGAGAAAGAACCCAUGGACAUGGGCACCCCUGGAUUCAUUGGAUCCGAUGCCGGUGAGGCGCCCACUCCUGGUCCUGACCAUGGUGAGGGCGAAGAAGAGGAAGAGGGACACGAAGAAGGAGAGGGUGAAAUAGACGAGGAGCUUGCGGCCGAGUUGGAUUUGGCUCUAGGAGAUGAAGAGUAUGAAGGAGACGAGGAGGAGGAGGAAGAGGAGGAAGAAGAAAGCGAAGAAGAGGACGACGACGAUGACGACGAGAUUGUACAAGCCAGAAAGUUGCUGAACGAGGAGAUCAGGGAUCUGGAAGCCGCCGUCGCCAAGAAGGGUAACGAGAUUGCCAGCUCAGGCAAUCCGCUUAUCAAGCGACGAUUCGAGGACGCCUUGAAAAAGUUGCAGGCGGACCUUGACAUGAAGCUUGCGCAGAGAGACGAAAUGAAGGAAAAACAGCGCAUGAAGAAGGAAGGUAUCGUAACAGAGGAUGGUGACGUCGAGGGAGGUAAUGAAGAGGCAGAAAGUGAUGAUGAAGAGGGCGAUGAUGAAGAGGAUCUUUUUGGGGACAGCGCCGGUGGAGGCAUGGACAUCGACUGA